CGUGAACCAUAAUCCUUCCAAAUAAAGGAAUCCCGUCCCAUAUCCUGGUUGGCCAGCGGUGAAAAAGGCAAUUUUACCCAUUUUCCUACCGCCUGCAAUCCGGCUACCCGUAGCACAGUACCCGCACGAUGGCAACACAAACAGCAACAGCAGCAUCUGCGGCCGGCAGCACGAGCAGCAAACCAAAGGAGAAAAAAAGCCAGGAAAUAAUUGCAGCCGAAUUUCAGCAGCUGCGAAACCAGCAACUAAAUUUGGUCAACAACUUGAACGCGAUCGAGAUGGAUCUAAAAGAGCACAAAACCGUCAUCGACACAUUGAAAACGGUGGACCCUAGUCGAAAAUGUUUCCGAUUAGUUGGCGGCGUGCUGGUGGAACAAACCGUCGCGGUGGUGCUACCACAGCUCGAGCUGAACAAAAGCCAGCUGGAAAAGCUGAUCGAGGAAGGCAAGGAGCAGAUUACGAAGAAGGGAUUCGAGAUUAACCAAUACAAGGAUGAGCACAAUAUUAAAAUGCGGGGCCAGGAACCGUCACAACCAGCAGCGAGCGAGAAGGAAAGUGCGGCCGAUGAGAAAUCGUCCGGCAAUCGGAAUGUGCUGGUAGGCAACCUAUAGGAAGGUUGUGCCCGUUGAUGUGUUGCGUG